AAUAAUUGUUAUUCAAAAAACUUUUAUAAUACUUAAUUAAAAGUUAAUUCGUGAGUAAUUACACAUCCACCACGAAUAAUAGAAUUUUCUGUUUUAAUUAUGAUAUUUUUCAACGAGUUUAUUUUCAACUUUGAGAAUUUUACUUAGUUGAUGUAGUGCGUUUAAAGAGUAAAGUGAAAAUGCUUCUUGUUAAGAAUUUAAAAAGAAAUCAAUGUAAACAUUUUGUGACCCAGAUUAAAAAAAUAUCAACGGGUUUUAUCGAAGAAACCAAUGAUUAUGAAGAAAUUUGGGCUACAGCUAAGUCAUACAAAAGUCUACCAGGACCAUCAACAACAGGUUUAAUAAAAGGUUUCGCCAAAGGAGGGAAAUAUAAUUCGAUGCGAUUUUCUGAAAUUCAUGAACAUUUAGUCAAAGAAUAUGGGCCAAUUUACAAAGUUCCUGGAAUCUUUGGGAGAAGAGACAUUGUGGUUAUAAUUGAUCCAAAAGAUUUUGAGAUUGUCUUCCGAACUGAGGGUGCAAGGCCCCUACGGAGGGGUCUUGAGUGCCUGGCUUACUAUCGAAAACACUACAAAAAGGAUUUGUACGCUACCUCACUUGGUCUAACAAAUGAUCAGGAAGAAGCAUGGUGGAAUUUUAGGCAGAAAGUGAAUGGUGUUAUGCUAAAGCCCCAAGUUAUAAGGGGCUAUACCACAGCGAUUGAUGAAGUAUCUUCGGAUUUUGUUAAAAGGCUACAUAAGUUGAGAGACUCAAAUUUUGAAACACCACCUAAUCUAUUCUUUCACUUGAAUACUUAUGCAUUGGAAGCAAUAGCUUUCAUUACGACAAACAUAAGAUUGGGACUUUUAAACGAGAACCGGGAUAAAAGUAUUGACGAACUAAUGGAUAACAUAAAAACGUUUUUACACUUACUUAAUGAACUUGAUAUUAAACCGUCUAUGUGGAAAAUUUAUAAAACAAAAAAAUUCAAGCAACUCGUUCGAGUGCUAGAUAAACUACACGAGGAUAUUGAAGUUUUCGUGGAUAGAGGUCUGAAAAAGUUAAAAGAAGGAAAAAGUAAUACAAAACAUAUUUGUGUUUUGGAAAAACUAUACGCAAUUGAUAAAAACGUUGCAAUAAUCAUGGUAUUUGAUUCUUUACUGGCCGGAGUUGAUACUACAUCAGCAGGUGCAUUUUCGAUCCUUUACAACUUGGCGACAAAUCCAGAAAAACAGAAUACCUUAAGAUCUGAAUUAUUUAAAAUUCUUCCUGAAAAGAAUUCACCUCUAACAGCAGAAAAUUUAAAUAAUACACCAUAUCUAAAAGCUUGCUUCAAGGAAUCAUUGAGAAUUAUGCCAGUAGUUGCUGCUAAUUUUCGAGCUACAGGGCGCAAUAUUGUUCUAAAAGGAUACCAAAUUCCAAAACACACUGAUGUAUUAAUGCACAACGCCUUAACCCAUAUGGACGAGAAAUAUUUUCCAGAUGCACAUUCUUUCCUUCCUGAAAGAUGGUUGAGAUCAUCCGAAAAAUAUGACAACUACAAUCCAUUUGCGUAUCUUCCUUUUGGCUAUGGAAGCAGAAUUUGUAUAGGACGACGGUUUGCUGAACUUGAAAUUAGAACCCUUGUUGCGCGAUUGGUUAGAAAUUAUCAUCUUGAGUGGAACUACCCUCCUCCAAAAAUUGAGUCACUGACCAUUAAUAUGCCUCAAGGGGAUUUAAGACUUUCCCUAAAAGACUUCAAUUAACAGCAUUGCAUUGUUCAAAUUCAAUAUUAUUGAUAGAGAAAACAAUAUUUCAAAUUACUGCAAAGGAUUUUUUUGAAACAAAUUUUAAAGAUAUUAUAGCAGAUCUUCUUGUGUCUUAUUUGUAAGUAUAUGUUGAAGUCAAGCACUGAUGGUUCAGAUUUCUCAGCCAGUUUUUGAAUGCGAAAUAUAAAAAAAACGAGUUUUCUAUACAUUUAAAAAAAAAUUAAAAAAUAUAUCACAAAUAUAUUAUAUUUAGUGCUCUAAAUUAAUUUUAUUGUAAAUAUUGCAGUAUGGA